AUGUCGGCUAAGGACUGGUCGAAGAAUUUAGAAGCCCAGUUCAGAAACAAGAUAGACACACUGUCAAAACUGAAUCACAGAAACUUUGUUAACCUUAUUGGAUAUUGUGAAGAAGUGGAGCCUUUUACAAGAAUGAUGGUAUUUGAGUAUGCCUCAAACGGGACGUUGUUUGAACAUCUACACAGAUAUACCUGGAAAGGAGCAGGUUCUUGCAGUUCACCACCUAUGACCCAUAAAAACCUGCAAUCCUCGUCCGUAUAUCUAACAGAAGACUAUGCGGCCAAAAUUUCAGACUUCGGCUUCUGGAAUGAAGUAACAGCAACAAAAAUGGGACCAGCAAACAAGGAGCUCUUGGAGACUCCAUUGGUCGAACCAGAAAGCAAUGUUUACAGCUUUGGACUAAUAUUGUUUGAAAUAAUCACUGGUAGACUUCCAUAUUCAGUGGGUAAUGGUUUUGUUGUGGACUGGAUAUUGGACUGCUUGAGGCAAGAGAGGCCACUGAGAGAAGUGGUGGAUCCAACUCUAAAAUCUUUCAACGAGCAACAACUAGAAAAAUUGCUUCAGUUAUACCCAAAUUAUCUCCUCUUUGGUGGGCUGAACUUGAGAUCUUAUCACCUGAAUCAGCCUAAGAGGUUGGGGAGAGCUGGUUGUAAAUGA